GCCACACAUGACCGGGGCACGUCCGUGUCUCUGUUGUUCCUUGUAGUGACUCGGACGCGGUGAGCUGUGUUUCUGUUUGUGAAAGCUGUAAAACAUGUUCACUAAUUUUCGUAAUAGUGAAUUAGGACUUAUAGCACUUGCUUUAGACGAAGAGGAAAACGAACGAAGGCAAACAAGAAGAAGAAAAUUAUGGAUCCACAGUGCCUGGAAAACAAGACCAGUACAGGGAGAGUUUCGAACACUAUUUUCUCACCUCGUAGAUGAUGAGACUAAGUUUUAUGAAUAUUUUAGGAUGACGCAGUACACCUUCUGUGAACUUUUAAAGAAACUAGAACCAAGGCUGAGAAAAAAUGACACGUUCUGGAGAGUAUCAGUUUCACCCAAAGAACGACUGGCUGUUUUUUUACGGUUCCUUGCUACAGGAGAUUCCUUUAAAACUAUUUCCUUCAGCUACAGGUUGGGAAAAUCCACAGUUGCAGCUAUCGUCCAUGACACCUCUAGAACAGUUAUCGAUUUAUUGUUAGAAGAGGUGAUGCCUGUGCCGAAUGAAGAAAAAUGGAAUGCUAUAGCUGAGGAGUUUUGGACAAAAUGGCAGUUUCCAAACUGCAUUGGAUCUUUAGAUGGAAAGCACGUAACAAUACAGGCUCCAAACAACUCAGGAAGUCUCUAUUGGAAUUACAAAAAAACAUAUUCCAUUGUGCUUCUUGCUCUGGUUGACCCAUGUUAUAACUUUAUUGCAAUAGACGUGGGAGCGUACGGAAAAAACUCUGAUGGAGGCAUUCUAGUAAAUUCAAAUCUUGGAAAGUCAUUGGAAAACAAUACGCUUAGCGUCCCAAAGAGUAAAACUUUACCCGGAACUGAUGUUGAACUUCCAAUGGGCGGCAGGGAACCGGCGUCCGGGCUUAUGCGGAACUGGCGAACGGGCGGCAGCCAGCCGGCCGGGCGGGCGGGCCGCGCUUAA